UUUGAAUCCUUUUCUUGUUUGAAUCCACUUUGAUCACUCAAAAGUGCUAUGGGAGGGGACCGUCCGUUAUACUUUCCCAACCAUGGGAGACGUAGAUUGAUAUUUUUAAGCGUGUAAAAACAAAUACUCUAUCAACUUUUUCCAGCUUUCCAAGUCUUUCCAGCAUUUGAACUUUCUUGGUUGAUGUAAUGUAUCUCACUCCGAUAAAUUGUGGAAAAGUAUCAACUCAAGUUGCUCACUGUUAAUCUCCUCCUCCAAAAUGGCUUUCCAGCUUUUCUUUCCUUCUCUUCUGUGUUUCAUGCUUGUUUUUCUUGUCAAGUUUCAGCUUUUUCUGAGCCAUCCUGACAUGGUCAACACGUGUAUUCCUCGCUUCGAGUGUGGGAAUAUCUCCGCCUGUUAUCCUUUCUGGGGACGUCAUCGACAAAAGCCUUGUGGCCAUCCUGACUUCGAGCUCAUGUGUGAAAAUGAGACGCCUUCCAUGGAGAUCACUGGUAUGAAAUACCGGGUUUUAAAAAUCGAUGAGAAAUUUGGAGUUCUCAAGCUUGCCAGACUGGACUACUUGGGAGGAAUUUGCCCACCUCGGUUACUCAACACUUCCAUUGAUCACGAGCUUUUCAAUUACACUUCUGAAUAUGACAUGUUCACGCUGCUCUAUGGCUUUGUUUCUCCUGAAAAUUUAACCUGUUAUGGGCAGCAGGUGAAAUACCAUAAUCGCAUCGUAACAACAGAAGCUACUGAAAGUCUGAACUUCAAUGUUAGUGUCACGGUUCCGGUGGCUAAAAAUCUUCUUCCGGGGGCGGAAAUCAACCUGUCAGUUUUGGUUGAAGCCCUUAAUCAGGGAUUUGAUGUGAAAUGGACGGUGAGGGGCAUAGAAUUAUGUGAUAAGUGCUUAGAUUCUAAUGGGCGCUGUGGUUUUGACAUUGUUUCAAAUAACACAGUCUGUUACUGCGCAACUCCACCAUUUAACUCCUCUACAGCCUGUUCUAUAAAUUCACAAUCAUCAGAAUCAUCAAUCAAAAGGAGUAUUGCCAUAGGAAUUGCAGCUAGCACCGUUGGGAUAAUAAUCCUUUUGAUUGUUCUCAUGGCUGUCAAGGGACGAAAGUUGAUGUUAGAUAAGGCUAUGCUGCUCUGCAAUAAGAAAACAGAGAAAGAUCAAAACAUUGAGGCCUUUGUUAGAAGCUAUGGAUCUCUUGCUCCACAGAGAUACAACUAUUCUGAUGUCAAAAAGAUGACAAAAUCAUUCAGCGACAAGCUCGGCCAAGGAGGCUAUAGCGAUGUCUACAAAGGAACUCUAUCCGAUGGUCGUCUCGUUGCAGUGAAAAUCCUGAAGGAAUCAAGGCAUAAUGGAGACGAAUUUAUCAAUGAGGUCACCAGCAUUAGCAGAACAUCCCAUGUUAAUGUUGUCACUCUCCUGGGUUUUUGUUAUGAGAGGCACAAAAGUGCUCUAAUUUAUGAAUUCAUGUCAAAUGGGUCUCUAGAUAAGUAUAUAUACGAUCAAGAUCCUUCAAAUAUAAACCAGAAGCUGCAAUGGAAGACGAUGUAUCAGAUUGCAGUUGGUAUUGCCAGGGGACUAGAAUAUUUGCACAGAGGCUGCAAUAUAAGGAUUGUGCACUUUGAUAUAAAGCCUCACAACAUUCUUCUAGAUGAAAAUUUUUGCCCCAAGAUAUCAGAUUUUGGGCUUGCAAAACAAGCCAAAAGGAAAAACAGCACCAUAUCGAUGUGGGAUGCAAGAGGAACUGUAGGAUACAUUGCUCCGGAAGUUUACUGCAGGAAUUUCGGAGGAGUCUCUCAUAAGUCUGAUGUCUACAGCUAUGGAAUGAUGAUCCUGGAAAUGAUUGGUGAAAGGAAAAACAUUGAUUCUGGGGUGUCUCACACCAGUGAAAUAUCAUUUCCAGAUUCAAUUUACAAGCAUCUUGAACCCAGCAACGACUAUAAGAUUGAAGGGGUGGUCACUGAAGAGGAAAAAGAUAUGGCAAAAAAGAUGCUGUUUGUGAGCUUGUGGUGCAUUCAAACCAACCCCGCUGAUAGACCAUCGAUGAGCAAGGCUGUGGAGAUGCUGGAAGGUGGCCUGGAGAACCUGCAAAUUCCACCAAGGGCUUGCUGGUUUUCUCCAACAAUGUCACCCAAAGAUUCUUUCCCGACUUCAUCAUCAACACAGUUUGCUUCACAGGAAGGCUCCUCCAGAAGCUGAGCGAUUUGUGUCUUGAGAGAUCUAUUACACUAGCAGUAUUUAGAAUAAUAAAAUUACGCAUACACACUUCUGAGUACACAAUUAGUUUCAUAUAUAAUGUAUCAUCAUAUGAUUCGAUGUUUUUAAUUUACGAUAAAAUAAUAUUCAAUCAUAUGAUGAUACAUCAUCUUUAUAUAUAAUUGUGUAUUUAAAAGUGUAUAUUACUUAAUUCAAGGAGACAAUAUAUGUAAGGCAAAAUUUUUGUAGGGUGUCAUGUUGUCAAAUGGGUUGUGCUGUGUGUUUGUGUAGAAAGAGUAUGGAAUAAAUGCUUGCCUUUUUCA